CCAAUCACAUCCCAGCUGCUGUGGCCUGACCGAAAUGCUAGCCCAACAGCUCCACCAGCAGAUGCAGGAGGCCCAGGCCCAGAUAGCACAGGUCCAGCUGCAGUUGAAGAACGCCUGCGGCUCCACCCAAGUGCAGCAAAUAAAUAUGAGCGAUAAUUGCAGCAGCGAAGAUCCAUACUGGCCCGGCGAGGAUUUGGACGAGGGAGUUAGUGUGGGUGGCGAUGAAACGGAUUACACCACGGAGAAGUCAGUGAAUAUUUCUUGCUCUGCGAUGUACCAAGAGGAGGAGCAGCAGAAAGCGCCACAGGAUACAGCAUCCUGUGUGAUGAUGCCCUGCCGUUCAUGUUCGCCGCCAUCACAGCCGCCUCCGUGCUAUGCCGCGCCCUGUCAACAACAGCAGCAGCAACAGGCGCAAAUUCCUUGCCCACAGCGAUCUCCUUGCCAGCAACAGCAGCAGCAGCAAAAAUGUUUCCCAGAGCCUUUUCCUUGCCAGCAACAGCAACAGCAGCAGUCACCGCCGCCGCCCCACCAGCAGUCACCUCCAGCUCCCUUCCAGCAGCAGCCACCUCCACCUCCACCUUCGUGCCAGAUGCAGCAGCAGCAACAACUUCUGAUGCACAUCCUGCAGCAGCAACAAAAGCUGCUACUGCAGCAACAAGAGCAGAAGCAGCAGCCACCGCACGGAAGCUGUGCCUGCUCCUGUCCCUAUAUAAUGCCCCAAAAUCCAUACCCACAGCAGCAACAGACACAACAGGAAAUGCAGUUCCAAGACUUUGAUCACACUGAAAUAUAGAUACAUAAAAGCAAA